AUGUUCCUCCUUGUUCUUUUCUCCCUGGUGUUGGCUUAUUUCCUCUGGACCCUUGUUCGGCUUGCCGUCAAUUAUGUUGAAGCUAGAACGAUUGGGCUGCCGAUUCUUUUCUGCCCGGUCAAUCCUGCUGGCCCUCUAUGGAUGCUGACGAAAGACUCGCUCAUCCCCAUAUUCCUCCGUCUACCUUUCGGUCUCGGCGAGUGGGCCGGCAGGGCAGAAGUCGGCUGGACGUUCAAAGAGAGGUUCGCCAUCCAUGCCAAAUAUGGCGAGGCCUUCAUCAUCGUCUCACCGGGUGAGAACGAUGUCGUCCUCGCAAACCCCGCCGCUACCGAAGAAGUGAUGCGUCGCCGCAAUGACUUUAUCAAGAACCCUGCCAUGUACGGGAUGCUGGACAUCUAUGGGCCCAAUCUCGACACGGUCAAUGGAAAGGAUUGGGACCGGCACCGCAAGGUUACCGUUCCGCCCUUCAAUGAACAGAAUAGUGCUUUAGUCUGGCGAGAAACUGGCGAACAGAUCGAGGAAGUGUUGGACAUUUGGGCUGGCAAAGCACAGGUCACCUCCACCCAGCCUGACGUUCAUGCCGUGGCACUCAACGUCCUCUGCGGAGCCGGAUUUGGCAUGCACAGCAGUUUUGUCGAUUCGAAACUGCCGCCAGAUAACAACGGCUCUGUCAAGGAGCAUUUGGGGUAUCGCGAAAGUUUGCGAACAUUGCUAGCAAAUAUCGUUCAGCUUGUUAUCCUGGGGCUUUUGAAGAGAGCUGGUGUGCCCAAUUGGAUAUGGUUUGGCGGCAUGCGCAAAUUGUCAGUGGCGUACGAUGAAUUCAAGAGUUACAUGGCCGAGAUGCUGGCACGAGAGAAGACGGCAUUCGAACAGGGUGAUUUCUCCAGACAUAACCUGAUGAGCGAGCUGGUCAGAGCAUUGGAGUUGUCUAAACAAGCGUCCGACAGUGAGAAGGGAACAGUCACAACGCCGGCGUUUGCGACCGGGUUGUCGGAUGAUGAAGUCUACGGAAACUUGUUCAUCUACAAUCUUGCAGGACAUGAUACCACGGCCAGCACGCUACACUUUGCCAUCACCUUGUUGGCUAGUUAUCCGGAGUGGCAAGCCUGGGUAGCAGAAGAGAUCGAUCAAGUACGAAAGGCCGAGUCAACUGGUUUGUACUAUUACGAACAAACAUUUCCAAAGCUGCGGAGAUGCUUGGCACUUAUGUAUGAAACGCUACGACUCUAUGGCCCAGUGGUCAUGAUGCCUCGAUAUACUGGGGACUCGGCGCAACGACUGCGGAUCGAUGACAGAGAACAUGUUAUACCGCCCAAGACAACCGUCACACUCAAUUUUGCAGCAUUGCAUACCCAUCCUGACUACUGGGGUCCGGACCCUCUUUCAUUCCGUCCGAGUAGAUGGAUUCCGUCAGGGGAUGAGAAGGGGGAUGAUUUUUUGCAGCCGGUUUCAGGGUCAUAUGUGCCUUGGAACAUGGGACCGCGAGUUUGUCCGGGCAAGAAAUUCUCUCAGGUCGAAUUCACGCGGGUCAUUUUUGGCUUGUUUGCCAAUGGAAGCAGAGUCGAGCUCGUCAAACAAUGCGGCGAGAGCGACGAAGAAGCCAGGACAAGAGCUCUGGGUGUUGUGAAUUCUGCCAAACUCGAGGUCUCUUUGAAAAUGGUGAAUGCCGAGACGGUGGCUUUGAGAUGGAUCAAGCCGUGA